AUGAAUCCCCCUCCUGGAUUAGGCGAUGACGAUGAGCAAUCAAUUGGGCCUCCACCUGGCAUUGAUGCUCCAAAAAAAAAGAAAUUUCACAUCAACAAAAAAUUAAGUUAACAAUAAACCUCAUUGGAAUCCUUGAAUCUUGAACUCAAAGUUACUGUGCAAGACCAACACUUCGAUCAAAUGAAUAUUUGGAACCCUCCAUGA